AUGGAGGGAGUGGAUGUGACCAACACAUCCGAAGUCACCGACACUGGCACGAGCCAAACCGACGCCGAGAUCGCAGCCGCACUAGUCGCCAGUCAGAAGCGAAGUCCCGGCGAAGCAGACGAAGAAAUCUCAGAAGAAGCAGAAGACUUCGACCUCGAGCCCUUCCCACCCCCAGGCCUAAAAGAAAUCUCCUCCUUGGCCUCCUGGACCGUCAGCUCCGCGAAACCAGGCAACGGCGUGCGCGCCCUGCGCUCCGCCGACACAUCCCAAUUCUGGCAAUCCGACGGCCCGCAACCGCACCUGCUGAGCAUCCACUUCUUCAAACUCGUCGCCAUCGUGCACAUGCGCAUCUACCUCGACUUCCACGCCGACGAGUCGUACACGCCGACGAAAAUCCAGUUCCUCGCGGGCAUGGGCGUGCACGAUAUCCAGGAGUUUGCGGAGAUGACGUUCGACCAGCCGGUUGGGUGGAUUGAUGUGGAUUUUAGUCGGGUGGGGAGUGUAGAGGGGGAGGAUGAGGAGGAGGAGGGAUUGCUGGGCAGGGAGGUGGAUUGGAGUCUGCGGCCGGUGCUGCGGGCUUUUCUGGUGCAGGUGCGCAUUUUGGAGAAUCAUCAGAAUGGGAAGGAUACGCAUUUGCGCGCUGUGCAGCUGUUUGCAAGGGAUGAGUCGCAGGAUGUGAGGCGGGCGCUGCCUUCGAGUCCGGUGAAGAGGACUUUGAAUUCCUUACCUAUGAGGGGUGCCGGGGGAGUGCGAACGAAGGGCAAGGAGGCGGUCAACAUCAAGAUGGCCGCGUGGAUGCAGGAUCCGGAUUUACGAUGA